GUUCGUCAUCUUUGGCACCGGUGGCUGUUGUGGUACCAGUGAUUGUUAUUCUACUGAUAAUUGUCGCCAUUAUGAUCUAUAAAAGAAGAAGCCGGCAAACAAGAUCAGACGAAGUAAAUGACGACACUAAACACCAGCACAUGAAUAAAACAUUUGAAACAGAUGCAGCCUACCAAGUUCCAGAGCCAAUUCCAGAGCCAGCACCAUACACAAGUCUAGGCGAUGGCGUAGUGAGCAUAAAGACAUCGAUCAAGAAACUCGAUACUAAACCUCUCACUUCUCGGACACCAAAGAAUGUAACAGCUUAUGAGAUUCCUAAGCCCACUUUCGAACCUUCAGUGUAUGCAUCCAUCAACGAUGAAGUAGCUGUUAAGUCCUCGGCAGCGUCAGCUGAAGGCAGACUGAAGCCCAAACCUCUUCCGACACCAUCCACUUUGCAAGUGAUCGCUGCUGACGAUGAUGCUUACGAGGUUCCAAAAUCCGUCAUCUGUGCAUCAGUCAGCGAUGGUGAAGUGAAGAUGUCUUCAGAGCCGUCCAACGCACGCAGUCUCAAGCCGAAACAUCGCUUUCCACCUCAAAAGUCAAUUGCAACCGGGGAUAGCCAUGAGCAGCGGAUACCACAGCUUUUCAGCCGCAUUUCGUCGGUCAGUGUUAAUGAACUUGCAGAAUAUAUACAGAAGAAGGAGCGGGCUAGUCAAAAUGGCUUUUCUUCAGACUUCAAAACUCUUCCAGAUGGCCAGCAACAUCCAGCAAAUGCCUCAGUACAACCACACAACAAAGCAAAGAACCACUAUGUAGACGCAGUUGCCUAUGACCAUUCUAGAGUUGUGUUGGAGCCUUUGGAAAACGAUCCUCAUUCAGACUACAUCAACGCUAACUAUAUCGAUGGCUGCUUGGAGAAAGACAAAUACAUAGCCACUCAAGGACCAACUGAGUCGACAAUUGGUGAUUUUUGGCGCAUGGUAUGGCAGUUGAAUGUUGGCAAGAUUAUCAUGCUCACCAACCCUGUGGAAAGUGGAAAGGAUGGGUGUACGCAGUACUGGCCUGAUUCCGGAUUUACUAAUUAUUCUAACAUCGCCCUAAGUAUUGUGAAGGAAGAUGAGUUUCCCGACUACACAGUGCGUGUUUUCCAGAUAGACAAGUUUUUCAGUAAGGAAGACAAUCGCCUUGUGACACAGUUCAACUUCAAAAAUUGGCCAGAGACCAAACCACCCAAGCCGACAAGUCUGCUUAAAUUUAUACGUGUGGCAAAUGCAGAACAAAGUGAGGGACGGACCGUUGUCCAUUGCAGUAACGGCGUUGGCCGCACAGGGACAUACAUCGCUCUGGACUCCAUGCUAGAUCAGAUGCAGAAGGAGCGACGAGUUGAUGUGCUUGGCUUCAUCUAUCGGAUGAGACAAAAACGAAUCAACAUGGUGCAGACUCCAGAGCAGUAUCGCUUCAUUUUCGACGCUUUGUUAGUAGCCUCCAAAAUGGUUGACACUCCAUACGAGAAUAUAAAGGAAAGCACGAAAAGGAUGAAAUGGUACAAUGCUUAAUCAACAGGAAGUAUCUACGUGACUUUGGCUUCCCCAGUGAGAUAAUGAAAUGCCUCCCAGCUUCGGAUAAAGAUAUGAGUAUGAGUACAUUCCCUCAGCCCUCAAUGAUUGUAAAAAGCUCUUCCAAGUUAUAAGCAUUGGUUCUCCAUGGCUUGGAGGGCAUGGAAUAUCAACCACCAAACGUUAGGUCCCUGUGUUCUCGCCCAAUGUGUGUUCUCGCCCAAUCUCACAAAAUAACUGUAUCUGUUGACGGUUUAGAGCGUUUUAGCCAGAGAACCGGUGUCCUUGAUCGCAGCUGAUAAUCCCAGGGUUAGGAAUUUGCAACCCCGAGUUCUGAUAAAACAUUUUAAAGUAUGUAAACCACGUUGGUAUUGGUGGUGUUUGUAUGAUAUUCUGUUUUUAUGUUUAUGCAGUAUGAAAUUUUACACAGACCUAUUCUUUAUUAAUGGAACACAAAAUUUAAAGUAAUUGUUGUCAAUCCAUUUUUCACGAGCUAUGGGUGCUUUUUGCUUUUAGAAAUACCAGGGUGGAGACGACAACAGGUGACCUGGAACGGUCAGUCCUUGAUUCAUGUCUAGCU